AGACGUUCGACCUUCUUCUCUGUUUCUAUUAAAUUUGUGCUUUUUGUUAUCUAUCAAUGGCCAGCAGAUACUGGGUUGUGUCUCUUCCUGUUCAGAACUCAGCCUCCACUGUUUGGAACAAGUUACAAGAUCAAAUCUCCAAGCAUUCCUUCGACACUCCUCUCUACCGAUUCAAUAUACCCAAUCUCCGUGUUGGAACUCUCGAUUCCCUGCUUGCUCUCAGCGAUGAUCUCUUGAAAUCGAAUACCUUUAUCGAAGGAGUUUCUCACAAAAUCAGGAGGCAGAUCGAGGAACUGGAGAGGGCAUCUGGCUUGGAAACCAAUGCUCUCACUGUUGAUGGAGUGCCUGUUGAUUCUUAUCUCACCAGGUUUGUUUGGGAUGAAGCAAAGUACCCAACAAUGUCCCCUUUGAGGGAAACAGUUGAUGGUAUUCACACUCAAGUGGCAAAGAUUGAGGAUGAUCUCAAGGUUCGUGUUGCUGAGUAUAACAAUGUGCGUGGGCAACUUAAUGCCAUAAAUCGAAAGCAAAGUGGAAGCUUGGCUGUUCGUGAUCUGUCUAAUCUAGUGAAGCCAGAGGAUAUCAUUACUUCAGAACACCUGGUGACUCUCCUUGCAAUUGUGCCCAAGUAUUCACAGAAGGAUUGGCUGUCAAGUUAUGAAACAUUGACUAGCUAUGUGGUCCCUAGGUCCUCCAAGAAGUUGUAUGAAGAUAAUGAAUAUGCUCUUUACACUGUCACCUUAUUUGGCCGUGUUGCGGACAAUUUCAGAACUAGUGCACGCGAAAGAGGCUUCCAAGUUCGUGAUUUUGAAUAUAGUCCAGAAGCACAGGAGAACCGAAAGCAGGAACUAGAAAAAUUGGUACAAGACCAAGAUAACUUGCGAAGCUCUCUUUUGCAAUGGUGCUAUGCUAGUUAUGGAGAGGUUUUCAGCUCCUGGAUGCACUUUUGUGCUGUACGUGUCUUUGCAGAGAGCAUUCUGAGAUAUGGUUUGCCACCAUCUUUCCUGGCAUGUGUUUUGGCCCCGUCUGUGAAAGGUGAGAAGAAAGUGCGGACCAUCCUUGAAGGGUUAUGUGAUAGUGCAAACAGUACAUACUGGAAGACCGAAGAUGAAGGAGGAGCGAUGGCUGGUUUAGGAGGUGAUGCCGACGCUCAUCCCUAUGUCUCCUUCACAAUCAAUAUCGCUUGAUGAGUGCCGACGUUACUUUCUUCAAGCAUAUUCAUCUAGACAGCAAUAAUCAUAAUAAUAGUAAUAAUAAUGAUAAUAAGGAAAAGUGUGUGAGAUGCAUUGCUGUCUGUAUAUUUGGUUUAAUAGAUUGAUUCUUUUAGUUAUUUAUGGGCAUCCUCACUUCACCUUAGCAUA